AUGUGUGUGAUAAAGAGGGGCACCUAUGAAGGUGUGUCCAAAAUACCAAUCAGGCCAGUUUCGAAGCAUUUCAUUCGAGUUGGCGAUGCCAGAAAACUGAUUCCGUCACGCGAGAUGGACACAAGGGCCGAUGACGAUGAAGCCCCGCCGGACCCUGCAGCGCGCAAGCAAAAACAUCACGACUACACAGAACAGGAUUUUGAAGGUCAUAGAGCACACACUGUGUUCGUUGGGGUGCAUGUUCCGGCUCGUCGCCACUCCCAUAGGAAGCACAAGCACCAUCAUCGCAACGGAGAAAAGGACGUCGAACGCCCGGGCCCAGCGAUUAUGGCCCGCGUCAGAAGACUAAGCGUCACAGAUGAUGGAGAAACAUUGACGCCACCAGCUCAAAGAGUACAAUUUAUACUCGGCGAAGAUGUUGAUGACGCCACACUGGAGUCUCAUCCGCUUUUCUCAGAAAUGGAAGAAUUAGUGAAAGAUGGAGAUGAACUUGAGUGGAAAGAGACUGCCCGUUGGAUUAAAUUUGAGGAGGACGUUGAAGAAGGCGGCAAUCGCUGGUCAAAGCCGCAUGUCGCUACAUUGUCAUUACACUCACUAUUUGAACUCAGAAGUCUUAUUUUAAAUGGUGCAGUGAUAUUAGAUAUGGAAGCCAAUUCUUUGGAUCAAAUAGCCGAGAACGUUUUGGACUAUAUGGUCGCAGAUGGUUCUUUAGGUUAUGAAUGCAGGGAUAAAGUAAAAGACGCUUUACUUAGACGGCACAGGCAUCAGCAUGAAAAACGAAAUCAUAAUAAUAUGUCCAAGCUUCCUUUGAUUCGUUCUUUGGCAGACAUUGGUCGAAAUCAUUCAUCUUGUAAAAAUUUCCAGGAAACUGGAUCUCACCGUACGAGUACGCGGAAUAGCCAUUCUUCAUCAUCCCCUCAGACUGCUCUACUUCAUGCUCCAGAUGCGAGAGGCUCUUAUCUAGCUGUUCCAGGUGGAAUAUCAGAUGAAGAUGCAGUAACGGUUUUACCCCCUGGAGAAUGGGAUCCAGCCAUUCGUAUUGAACCGCCGGCAGCAAUACCAUCACAGGAUAUCCGGAAACGACCUAAUGAUAAUAAUCAGAAAGAAGAACCAGAUGAUGAAGAAGAGGAACAAAGACAGAGGGAAGAGUCAGGUACUUGGACAACAAUAAUAUUAGUCACUCUUGUCGCAAUCGAUGCUAGUGCAUUCGUCUGUUACAUAACUAGAUUUACCGAGGAGAAUUUCGCAACCUUAAUCGCGUUUAUUUUUAUUUACAAGGCAAUCGAAAAUGUUAUUUCAAUAGGUAAAAAGUUUCCACUCAAGACGCACGCAGACGAAGUCCUGAAUUAUGAGUGCUUCUGUUUGCCAAGUAAUUAUUCGAGAGUGUCAGAGAAGUUUAAUUGGACAACUGUUGAAAAGGAAUCUUGUCAGUUAUACAAUGGAACUUUAGUAGGGGCUGGAUGCGAAACGAAAGUAUACGUGCCAGAUGUGUUUCUUAUGUCAAUAAUUUUGUUUCUUGGUACUUUCACCAUAUCAAUAAUUUUAAAGGACUUUAAAAACUCUUUAUUUUUUCCAUCAAAGGUGAGGCAAAUAAUAAGCGACUUUUCGGUGAUUAUUGCAAUUUUAUCCAUGUCAUUCCUGGACUUCAAAGUGGGAGUCAAAACUCCAAAGCUCGAAGUGCCGUCAGAAUUCAAGCCCACACUGCCGACCAGAAAUUGGGUUAUAACUCCGUUCAAUGGCAACCCUAUUUGGUCGGCCUUAGUCGCAAUUUUGCCCGCUCUUUUGGGAACGAUACUAAUAUUUAUGGACCAGCAAAUAACAGCCGUGAUUGUUAAUAGGAAAGAGAACAAGCUGAAAAAGGGAUGCGGUUACCAUUUGGAUUUGUUUGUGUUGGCGAUAUUAAUACAGUUGUGCUCAGUUAUGGGCUUACCGUGGCACAUCCCCAUGCCCGUAUUAUUUGGAGUAUUCCUAUACAUGGGUGUGGCGUCUUUAAAAGGUUUACAGUUCUUCGAUAGAAUAUUGAUUAUGUUUAUGCCUCAGAAAUAUCAACCGGAUCACAUGUUCUUAAGACAGGUGCCAAUUCGACGGGUACAUUUAUUCACUGCUAUACAAUUGACGUGCUUAGUUUGCCUAUGGGUGAUUAAGUCAUUCUCAAUGACAUCUAUAUUAUUCCCGUUAAUGCUUGUAGUCAUGAUUGGAAUAAGAAAGACGUUAGACUUAUUCUUCACAAGGAGGGAAAUGAAAAUUUUAGACGAUGUAAUGCCGGAGAUGUCAAGGCGGAAUCAAGAUGAGCUACACGAGCUUGGCAGCGCUGAGGAUGCUAACAAGAAUAACCCGCCACCGUACCAGGAGAAUUUACAAAUACCGCUAAUAAACGGGAACAUAAUGAACAUACCUUUAACUUCAAUAAACAUAUCAGAGGAAGUUAAUAAAUCGGGAAUAUGGAAGCAAGUAAAUAGUAACAAUACAAUGAACAUCACAAAUGAAGCUAAGGACUUUAAGGUCAAAUCAUCAAAGAAAAAUGUAAAACAUAAGAAGUUGAUCUUGAAAAGCGCACAAUCGGAAAUCGAGAGGCGAUUGUCCACCAUGGCUGAGGUUGAGGAAGACGAUCCAGCUGCAAAGAGCGAUAUUCUAAGGCGCAAGGGGUCUUGGAGCGGCGGAAUAAAGUGCGAAACAAGAAAUAGCUCCUCAGCCGAAACGUCGGUA